AUGCCUUUAGUUGAUAGUGCUAGCUUGGAUGCAUCUGGGGAGUUACCCACGCAUCUGCAUCAACAUCUAGCCGGUCUCGGUCUAUUUGGAAUGCAGACACCAGAGUUUGGAUUAGGCCUCAAUAACUUUGAGACUGCUCGAUUAACCGAGGCUACAGCGGUUGACCUGUCCUUGCACAACCUCAUUGCCACGCAUAACUUCCAUGCUGUCAAAGCAAGUUAUGCCUUAUGCUGUAUUUUAUACCUCUUGGGCUUCCUGUUAGACUAA